AUGAGCUUUGAUUUUGGCACGAUCAACGACAUUCCACCACACCGCCAGAAUGGCGGCGACAGUGGAUCGGCGGGAAAUGCUCGACACUGGCGACUGAAAAACAAGCGAGGCUCCAGUCUGGACAAUGAGCUGUCGGUGUCUCGCUCCAUCGAAGAAGUGGAGGGAGAAAACAAUGGCGGUCUGAACAACUACGGCACUCAGUACGGCACUCCGAUCGACUAUCGCACGCAGAGUUCACUCUCAGAGAAUGAUGGUGUGGGCAGCCUGGGUGGCCUGGUGGGCACUCUCGGCACCUCGGCCACACUGCCUGCUGGCAUGGGAAACGCCAUUGCUGCGGCCAGUGCCUCUGCCAAUGUCGUCAAUAACUUUCGCUUCUCUACCGACGAAAUAAGCCAGUUCAGACAGGAGGCUACCUUAGACGGAAACACCGAGCAAACUGGUGGAGGCACUGGCGGGCGAAGUACACGAGCCACCACUCCCGGCGAUGAGCAGAUCUUCCAGGAGCCGGUUGAGUCCUUGCAAAUUCGAAUCGGCCGACUGCUCAGUUGUGAGGAGAUGUGUGACAUGCACUUUCUCGUCGGCGGUGGAAUGCUGGUUAGUAGUCUGCGNGAGCAGAUUUUCCAGGAGCCGGUUGAGUCCUUGCAAAUUCGAAUUGGCCGACUGCUCAGUUGUGAGGAGAUGUGUGACAUGCACUUUCUCGUCGGCGGUGGAAUGCUGGUAAACAAUGGAAGUGUAAACAAUAGCCACACACCGAGCUCAAACGGUCAAACUCCAACCACUCCACAGCAACGCAAACUGCGCAUUCCUGCUCACCGACUGAUCAUUGCUAGCGCUAGUCCCGUCUUCAAGCAGCUUCUCUUUGACUCGGCCACCAAUCAGCUGAUCGUGUGCGAUGAAGACAUUGAGAUAACAGACAUUGAGCCAGCUGCAUUUCUAGAAUUUCUGCGAUACGCCUACACUGACAGUGCCAGACUGACCAAAGACAAUGCCGUCGGCGUGAUGGUGGCCGCCCGACGCUAUGAGAUCACCAACCUCGAACGCCAGGCUAUUGAAUACAUUCACAAGUGUUUAGCAAAAAAGUCCUGCAUGGCGCAUUAA